AUGGCGUCCCGUGGCAUCCUUGUCGUGGGAGCGCUGUCUCUCUUUUCUCUCAUGACUGUAAAAGAAAUCCUUUUCCCUAACAACGCCAGUGCUCAAGAUCCAAAUAGCAUGAAUACAAUGAAGAGAGCGGCAAUGUUUUCAGGGCCAACGAUAAAAGUUCUUUACUGUUACUCGUGAGGGUACAGGAGGGUGUUUGAGGAAUAUGCCCAGUUCCUCAAUCAAAAUUUCCCCAAACUACAAAUAGUUGGCGAUAAUUACCCUCCUCCCCGACCAAGGCAGAUGUUAGCUUCAAUCAUGAGUUUUACAAAAUUAUUAAUCAUUGGACUGAUUAUAUUUGGGGAACGAUUGCAAAUAUUUGAAAACUUUAACAUUCAACCACCACCAAUUUAUCAAUGGGCAGUCCAAAAUAAGAUGUAUUCUUGUAUCCUUAUAUUCUUCCUUAGCAACACCAUAGAAGGCCAGUUAGUAUCAACUGGUGCAUUUGAAGUCACAUUUAAUGAUAUUCCUGUAUGGUCUAAGCUACAAGCUGGCCGCUUACCAUCUCCAUCAGAACUUCAUCAAAUAGUGGAGAAUCAGAUGAAAUUCUCAAGUCCUACCCAAUAGUUACUACCACAGUGCAUUUGCUCGCAGUUUAUGAAGGACAAGRUUAAAAGUGAAUAUUCACAAAUCUUGACUGGAUGUGAAGAUGAUCUUCAACUGAAGGCACUUGUACUYAGAUGGCAGUUAUCUGUAUUGGAAUGGGGUUUACGAUGAUAGUCUGAGCAAUAACAACUUAAUGUACAGCUGUACAUAUUGUGAUGUUGUAGAAACAAUGGAAAAUCCAAAGCAAAUAUUCCACAACAUGUAUGAAGGAAUAAAGCUGUGACUUUUUUAAAUAUCGUUAAAAUUUUACCUUUACAAGCAGUGUUACCUGUAGCUUACCUGCAAGCAGUUAUUUCCUUCUGUCUUACAUAAAGUCUGCUUAUUGAGGGAUAGGAGGAAAUCACUGCUCAUUUUGUAAUUAUUGGCAGCUCAAAGUAGUGUAUUGAAGUAGUKUUACAUUAUUAUAAUUGGGAUGAAUUCAUGAUUCUGAAGUAUUAGUCUUAUCUGAAGGCAGUGUACCAUAAGUAUUUUAUAUUGUAGUCUUAUUUGAAAGCUAUGGCCAUUGUACUUUAUAGGGAAGAACUCCUCAUUGCAUAGAAGUAAUAUUAUUUUGUGGUUGUAUUAAUAAAAUGUAUUAUGAUUUUAAA